AUGGACUCCACAACUAGCAUGGGACAUGGGCCAAACGUAAACAAUCAACGGCGAAUAUGGACGUUUGAAGAAGAACGUGCAUUAAUCCAAGGAUUAAAGGAGCUCAUUGCCCAUGGAGUGAAAGCCGACAACAGGAUCCGUUCGGGGUACACAGUGUUUCUAGAACAAUAUAUGCAGCAACAGUUUCCGGGGACUACGAUUAGAGCGGAGCCUCACAUCUCGUCGAAGAUUACGCUAUGGAAAAAAAACUAUGUUUUACUUGCACCAUUGCUACAAAACACUUCUGGUGUUGGGUGGUCUGAAACCGGCCACAUACUAGAAGUGGAAGAGCCCAUCUGGAACUAUUAUGUCAAGGGUGUUGAGAGUAGUGCAUCGGGGAAGGCCGAUCAACGUUGGGGUCAAAUGGUGGAACGUAUUGGGGUCCAACACGAUGCGAAGGAGCAACAGAAACAGUUGUACGAGGCGUUGAAGUCUAUUCUCAUGUUGAGUUCCUUCAUUGUAAGCUUAACCAAAUGGAUCGACAUGAAAGCAUGUUACGUAUUGCGACAAGGUAUCGUCGGCCCGGUUGGUCAUCGAAUGAGGAACGAGACGCUACAUUAUUUCUCCGUGCUCGAGGUUAAGGCAAAGAUCAAGGCUCUACACACGUACUUCCGGGAGUUCCUCACGUUUCUAAAGACUCCCGGGGUGGACGUGCAUGCCGAAACGGGUCUUGUCACAGUCACUCCUACGUAUUGGGCAUAUGUCGGCCGGGAAACGGAUUUGGAGUACUUUUUCCGUCAUGUUGGGUUCUCAUGGUACGAAGAGUGUGUGGAGCUGUGGGAUCUUAGAGAUGCAGCUGAUGUGCGGAUGGAGCCCGACGGUGCGGAUGCUGCUGACUUGGAAUUUGGGAAUGAGGAGGAUGCUGGGGCCGCCGGGGUAGAGCACAUGAAUGACGGCGCCAAUAAUGUGCAUGAAGUUGAAGAUGACGUGGUAGUGGAGGAACAUUACGAGGAGGAGUACGUGGCUGAACCCGCCCCAGUCGAGGUCAUUGACAUUGAAUCGGACGAGGCACCGGAUGAAAUGGAUCUCGACACAGAUGUCGGUUCUUGCGUUGACUCAGAGUAG